UUACCUGUUAACGGGGAGCGUCGUAUGUGCUUGUUUAUGUGUUUGUUAAAAACUAAAAAACUAAUAUUGUCGCAGUAAAGAAGUGACUAAUAACAAUAUUUUGGAGUGUGCUCGGUUUUAAAAUAUAAUCCGGUACUCGUAUUUAAAAAUACUUGACCAACUUAAUACCGGCGAAUAGCCGUCUAGCUCGACUGUCAUCGGUUUAACGAUGGACACUGAAACGAUGACAGAAAAUGACAAAAAAAUCCACAGUUAUACUAAAAAAGGUGUUGACAAUUUUAAUGCACUGGAAAAAGAUGAUUCGGUAACUGACCGUGGUAAAAGAUUUGACUAUCUUCUCAAACAAACUGAAAUAUUUGCCCAUUUUAUGACGUCUAAAAAAAAAGAAGGAACACCUGGUGCCAGUAGGUCAGUUAGCGUAAUAAAAAGUACAAAAGAUUUACUGAAAAAUUUAGCAGAAACUGCAGACGUCAAAGAUCAUCGUCAUCAGCAAACUGAACGAGAAGAAGAUGAAGAAUUAUUAAACGAGGCACUGGUUUCCGACAAAUACAUAACACAAUUUGAUAAGACUCCGUUCUACAUAAAAAAUGGAAAACUCCGUGAUUACCAAGUCCGUGGUUUAAAUUGGAUGAUAUCUCUGUUUGAAAACGGCAUCAACGGUAUUUUGGCCGACGAAAUGGGUCUCGGCAAGACUCUGCAAACUAUAUCGCUCUUGGGCUACUUAAAGCACUUUAGAAACAUAUCGGGUCCGCACAUUGUCAUUGUACCCAAAUCGACUCUGGCCAGUUGGGUAAACGAAUUCACAAAAUGGUGUCCUACAUUACGUACAAUAUGUUUGAUCGGAGAUCAAGACGUCAGGAACGCAUUCCUACGUGAUGUGUUCAAACCUGGCGGUUGGGAUAUAUGUGUCACUACUUACGAAAUGGUAAUCAGCGAAAAAGGAAUAUUGCGCAGAGUCCAUUGGCGGUAUAUGGUUAUAGACGAAGCGCAUCGAAUCAAAAACGAAAAAUGCAAGCUUUCAGAAAUCAUAAGAGUAUUUAAAACUACUAAUCGACUACUGCUGACGGGCACACCUUUGCAAAAUAAUUUACACGAGCUCUGGGCACUUUUGAACUUUUUGCUACCAGACGUAUUCAAUUCAUCGGACGAUUUCAAUUCAUGGUUUAACACAAAUAACUGCUUUGAAGACAAUACAUUGAUCAAGCGACUUCAUGCGGUUUUACAACCGUUUCUUUUGAGAAGAUUAAAAUCAGAAGUAGAAAGAAGUCUGAAGCCUAAAAAAGAAGUUCUAGUUUAUGUCGGCCUCAGCAAAUUGCAACGGGAAUGGUACACCAAAAUUUUAAUGAAAGAUAUCGAUGUAAUCAAUGGAGCUGGUCAUGUUGAAAAGAUGAGGUUACAAAACAUUCUCAUGCAUCUGAGGAAAUGUAGCAAUCAUCCUUAUUUGUUUGAAGGCGCUGAACGUCCCCCUUAUACUACUGACGAACAUAUCAUUUACAAUUGUGGCAAAAUGGUUGUGUUUGAUAAACUGCUGAAAGUCUUAAAAGAACAAGGUUCUCGAAUUCUAGUGUUUAGUCAAAUGACACGUAUGAUGGACAUAUUGGAAGAUUACAUGUAUUUGAGAGGAUACAAUUACUGCCGCUUGGAUGGAGUCACGCCUUAUGAAGAUCGUCAACGGCAGAUCAACGAGUUUAACAGACCGAAUAGCGACAAAUUUGUGUUCAUACUUGCUACACGGGCCGGUGGUCUUGGCAUUAACUUAACUUCUGCCGACAUUGUUAUUUUGUAUGAUUCAGAUUGGAAUCCCCAAAUAGAUUUACAAGCCAUGGACCGAGCUCAUAGAAUUGGACAAAAAAAACAAGUUCGAGUUUUCCGACUGAUUACCGAGAAUACGGUCGAAGAGAAAAUAAUCGAAAGAGCCGAAAUCAAACUUAGAUUAGACAAGUUGGUUAUACAGCAAGGACGUUUAGUCGAUAAGCAGGAAAAUGCCUUGAAAAAAAACGAAAUGCUCAGCAUGAUCCGACAUGGAGCAAAUCAUGUUUUUCAAUUGAAGGACUCUGACAUUACUGACGAAGACAUUGAAAUUAUUUUACGUAAAGGAGAAGAAAAAACUAAAGAAUUAAAACAGAAGUUAGGAUCCUUGGGAGAAUCAUCUUUAAGAAAUUUCACUUUAGAUGGUCCGAAUGAGUCGUUGUACAAGUUUGAGGGUGAAGAUUAUAGGGAAAAACACAAACUGGCCAUUGCAGAAAAUUGGAUAGAACCUGCUAAACGCGAACGUAAAUCAACUUACGCAUUAAAUUCGAAUUUUCGUAAAACACCCAAAGCGUCUCAUCCAAAAACAAAGAUACCACGUCCUCCAAAAAAACCAUCGGUACAAGAUUAUCAAUUUUUUCCGAUUAGAUUGUUUCAGCUGCUCGAUCAAGAAAUUUGUUACUAUCGACAAACCAUUGGCUACAAAGUACCGCUAGAACCUGAGUUGGGGUCAGAUGCAGUCAAAAUGCAAAAGAAGGAACAAAAAAAGAUUAAAAAAGCAAAGCCGCUUACUCAAGAGGAUCAUACGGAAAAGAAAAUUUUACUGACCAAAGGUUUUACAAAGUGGACUAAACGUGAUUUUAAUAACUUUAUUAAAGCCAACGAAAAGUACGGAAGAAACGAUAUCAAUAAUAUUGCAAAAGAAGUUGAAGGCAAAACUAUUGAGGAAGUGAAAGAAUACAGUGCGGUGUUUUGGAAACGGUGUAACGAACUGCUAGAUUAUGAAAAAAUCGUAAAUAAAAUUGAAAAAGGAGAGUCGAAAUUAGCAAAAUAUCGAAAAAACGUCAAGGAAAAUUUGGAUGAAAUAGUAGGAAGGUACAAGGCUCCGUUUCACCAGUUGAGAAUACCGUACAGAGGAAACGCAAGUAAACAUUACACCGAAGACGAAGAUAGAUUUCUAGUAUGCAUGCUUCAUAAACUCGGUAUCGACAAAGAAAACCUGUACGAUGAACUGAAAGCCACUAUAAGAUGCUCAACGAAAUUCAGAUUCGAUUGGUUUAUCAAAAGCCGAAACUCGAGUGAACUUGAAGCACGGUGUAACAAAUUGAUUGCGUUGAUCCAAAAAGACAAUGAACUAAUAGAAAACGAAAAAGAACUGCAAAAACAUCGCAAGCAAAAAUUAAAACACGACAACAAAUCUCAUGCACAAGUAAAACCCCAAAAGGAUGAGUUGAUAAAAAAAAAAGCAAAAAGGGGUCGUCCUAAAUCAAAAAAGUAAUUUUUCCCUCUUGAUUUCAACAUAAAUAUUAUAUUACUUAUUAUUAACCUUAUAAGAGUGUACUUGAAUUAUUGUUUAUAUUUAUUAUUGAGUUAACUUUUUUAUAUUUUAAUGUUAAAGUGACAUUUGUGUGUUUCUUUCUAUUCAGAUUUAAAACAGGUUAAGCUUCUAUAAAUAAGUAUUUUGUUCUUAAGGAGAAAAGAAAAGCGCUAAAUUUUGUCCAAAUAAUGACUAAAACGCAAAGUAACUUUCUGAAUUGUCUACCGAACCGAUUUAAGACAUUUUUUUUUUGUUAUUAAGUUUAACGUCUUCUUGCCGGGGGCUUAAAAGCUGCAUUUAAAUUUUGUUUUCAAAAAUUUAAUUUAGGCGUAUAUAUUUUUCCUUUUUUCUUUAUAAAUUAAAAUAAUUUUCCAACAGUUAAAUAAAAAAUUGGCCUUUUAGCCUUCUUAGAGAAACAGCAAGCUUCACAUAAAAAAAAAAACGGUCCAAUAGAUACACCAGAAAGAGAUUUCUACAAGUCAUUUUUUAUUACCAUUUUGGUAUAACUCAGAAAAAAAACCCUUUUUAACAAAAAACCUUAAUAUAUUUUUUCAUCUUAAAAAUUUGCCGGUAUAUUUUAUGGCCACGAGACCAAUUUUUGUUAAAUAUUGCCUACUCUCUUCCAAUUAAGCGCUUUUCG